AUGAGAGCUGGGGUUGCUAGUUUCGUUGGGCAACAAUGCUGUGGAGCCGAUCAUCUGUAUCAUCAUGUCAUAUCGUUGCACAAUAAGGAACCCAGACCUUUGGGCCCGAGACCCUUGACAAUGUACCGAGAAUGGCGUUCAAGCCAAUCAGUAGCCAGACGACUAUCCUUGAGAACAGUACACCCGCCUGGUAGGGAAAGCAUCUACUUCAUCUAA